AUGAACAGUCCAUCCAAUGCGAGGUCAACUUCCCCACAGGUGACAUAUAACGGCAAGGAAGAUGAAGAACCGGAAUUUAUUGAAGCUAACCAGAUUGGAAGUGCAAAAGGAAGUUGUAGUGAUGAUCUGGUUCUAGGGUCGAUAAGAGGUGAUGUCUACUUCAGAGUCGGAAAUGGAAACAAUAUGGUGUACCACCCAAGUUUGAAGACAUUUCCGGAGCGAACGCAAAACAAUUCUAUUACCACCAGUCAAGAAGCUCUUAUCUUCGCUUGCAGUUACGCUCCGAAGCUCUUGAGUGAGGACGAAACAGCGAUGCGUAUUUCUCAUGUAAAUGUUUCGAAAAAGGCACCAGAAUUAUUCAUUCGUCGCUUUGAAAAGUGUGGAUAUGUUCUCUGGGAUGAAUUAUCGGUUCUUGAGAAACAAAUGGUCGACUACAACCCAGCGUUUUUCAGUAUCUCCAUCGUACCGCCUGAAAUGGUGGAGGCUCGGGUCGAUCUAUUGUCCAGUGUAGUAAAUGUCGAAGAAGUAGAUGUAACGGGCAAAUCUGGUAAGUUACGUCGUGCUCUCGAUGAGGAUGUUGCUUGGAUGACAGAUUCUGAGUAUGUCUUUUCUCGCUAUAAGGAGGAUAUUCGUGAGUGUGCUGUUAUGGCUUUUUUGCCACCUCGUUGUUUCAUCUUUUGUGAUAAUGAAGGUUCCGAAAACGAUGAAAGACUUUUGAACAUCAGUUGCGGAUUAAGGACAGCUGUGCAAAGAGAAUCCUGCAAGGAACGUGUUGAAAUAAGACCUGGAGCGCUACUGGUUGGAUUGCGAAUGAGAAUCUAUAUGCGUGUUAUUGCUUUAGAGAGCGACGUGCAUCACCCGACGAGAGUUCGAUGUGUCUGUGUGGACUACAACGCUAUUUAUAGCUUCGAACAUCAUGAACUCUUCAACGUUCCGAGAGAAUUUUCUCCAAAAAAUAUUCCAAUCAAUGCUUUCUUAGGGCGUUUCCGCGGAACAUAUUAUGUGUACCAGGACAAACACGAAGAAGUGAGUAAUGCGUUGUGCCCGCUUAAGAACAACGAAGGAACUGCGGAAUUUGCUAUGUGUGCUAUAUUCGGCACUGCACCGGACGAGUACGGAGAAUUUGCUAAAAUCUCAGGCCCAAUGGAAGCUGCCUUGAUUUCAAAGAACUAUGGUAACGAUCUGUUCCUACAACACACGUACACUUGCAUCCGAGUCCUCGAUAGAAGACUUGCUCAUGCAAGCAAGAAAGAUAAGGAUGGUCUUUUAAUCAUCGACACGUGUAUGGGAAAGUCGGAGGAAUGGGUUAGUGAUGUGUUAAUAAGGACAGGAAUCACUGCACCUAUGGGCGAUAAUCUAGAGGUUGAACUAUCUCCAGGUGAAGCAAGGAAAAUGUGGAAGGAGAGGAUUCGUAGGAGACAUGACCAGAGAAAGUAUCUCGACUGUACAGCUGUUAUGUAUGAAGAUACCAGUGCAAAGAUGUUCGCCAAUGAACGUCGGUACAGAGUUCAAUUAAUGGGUUUAAAAAUCCUGACAGCUCUGCCGAAAGGAAUUCGAGGUGAACUCGACUUCGAAUUAUGGGGAAAGCACAGAGCACUAAGUUCUUAUAUUCGUACAUGCCGCACAUCGAAAAUGUCGCCACAUGUUACGGCCGUCAUUGAUUGUAUGGUGAUGAAUACAAUCACAGCUGCAUGUCAGUUGCUGAAGGGUAAGCAGCCAGACACUCCCUUUGAAGGUGCCCUGGUGAAUGAACUACUCUCUGAACCGGACACGAUGAUUACAAGUGCAUUAGAAGAGAUGAAGCAUUUGAGUUUUGACUAA